CACCAGAGAAUCCGGUGUGAGGGAGAGAACGUGGGGGGAGUGCAGGAGGAGAGGAAAAGGGGAGCGAGAUAAUGUAGGGAUCAAAGUAGGGGUUGGAGAUAUCAAAAGGCACAAACAGGAGAGAUAGAGCGGCCUCUGCUGAGAAAGACAAACACGGACAACUACUCUACAAGAUCUCUAGUGCAACUCUUUUACCUUAUAGUUGGAAGAGCUGAUGUGCAGCCUAUGUGUUGUAGAAGCGGUAUUGAAAGGUGCACUACUUGGUCGAUGUGGGCAGGGAUACAGAUUCACUGUAACUUGUCUGUGAGGAACAUCACAAUAUCACUGUGAAAGAGACUGAAGUCAACCACAGAGCCAAAAUGACAGCGGCCACAAGGUUAUUGGACGAGAUGUGCCAUCUCACCGUCCAGUCGUUUACAUCACUGGAGACCUCGGACCACUUCCAGGUGGUCAAGAUGUUAGGGGAGGGGUCGUACGGGAAGGUCAUGUUGGCUGUACAUAGGAAAAGAGGAACUCCAAUGGCUCUGAAGUUCUUUCCUCGUGAUUCCACAAAUCUCUUCUCCUUUUUGCGAGAGUAUAACCUCUCCCUCUCCUUCUGCACCCACCCGUCCCUGACCAAGGCCCUGGGCAUUGUCUUCUCCACCCCCACACAUUACGUUUUCGCCCAGCAAGCUAGCCUCUUCGGUGAUCUGUACGACGUCAUUGUCCCUGAGGUGGGUGUGGAGGAGGAUUGUGUCCAGAGGGUCGUGUCCCAGCUGAGCAGUGCCCUAACCCACCUCCACUCCCUGGGUUUCGUCCACCGCGACGUCAAGCCCGAGAACAUCUUCCUGGUUGACGCUGCCUGCCGCUGGGUCAAACUAGGUGACUUCGGCAUGGCCAAGGCCACGGGAACCAAGGUACCUGGUGUAUGGUACAGUUCUGCUUACUGUACGCCCGAGGCGGAGAUAGCAAAGGAGUCGGAGGAUAGUAGACAUAAUACUGCUUCAAAACCUGAUGGAGGAAAUGGGUUGGACAACAAGAUCAAGAGGGUGUGGGUGUCGGUUGAGGUCAGUACAGACUGCUGGGCCUUGGGGAUCCUCAUCUACGCCAUGCUGACUGGCAGUCUACCCUGGACGGAGACCGCAUCCGACGACCGCUCGUACAUCAAGUACAAAGAGUGGUUUGACCAGGAGAAAGAUCAAGAUGGUCAGGACGACGAACUAGACCGAUGGGGGGAAGGAAAAGACGAGGACAUGAUGAUGAGUUUGGAUGAAGACACGCGGAAUCUGAACGAGACAAAAUCCAAUCCGGUCGCCCCCCAGUUUGCCUAUUUCACCCCACUGGCCUGCUCCCUUUUCCAGACACUUCUCCACCCACAGCCUGGGCUUCGCGGUAGGCCCGACGAUGUACUGGGCUACCUCGGGGGAGACUGGUUGCGGAAGAAGGAGAAGUUACGGUUGGAGGAGGAGAGGAAGAGAAUUAAAGGGAGAGAGGUCAUCAGAAACGAGAAAGAGAGGCAGGGAAGGGUGGAGAGAUAAGGGAGUGGCGACACACGAUCGUACAAACGUACAAACUCCGAGGUGAAAUAGACAAUAUUUUUGACCCCCAGAAAACAAUACAUAUCUUCUGAUGUGUCACAUUGGUGCUUAAAAAGACCUUGUACAGUAUAUAAUACUACUACAGUUGCACUUUUUGUAAGAUAAAUAGCCACUGAGUCAUUGUUGAUACCGGAUAGCCUUUGGGGAUAGACACAGUUGCAUUUGGUUACUAUAGGGACUUUAUAAGCACUUUAUAAAUUAGCAUGUUGAUGUGUUCAAUCUAGUCAAUUCUACAGUAAGUGUGACUUGAUGAUGUUGUUUCUGUAUUCUAAUGUUUUUAUAUAAUAUGUAAAUAUCAUCUGUACGUCAUCAUUUCCUGUGGUUAGAAUUGAGUCUAAUAAAAUGUUUAUUAUGAGUUAACAUUUGGAUUAAACUCAUAAAUUCAAAGUU